CCUCUCUGGCUGCACUGGAGCCGCAAGACGACUUACGGGAGAGAAAGAGAAGGAGGGAAGGGUGGAGGGUGGACAGAGAGACAUCGCCUCUUGUUGUGCUCCCCUCUGACUGGAAGGAGAACAAACUGAGAGGAAAGAAAGAAGUCAGGACCCGACUGGACAUUAAGAGGUGACACUGAAACAUACUCGGCUACAGGUUUUGGUGUAGGCCUGGUGUGGAGAUGAAGUUUCCCCUCGGCGCUCUGAGCGCUCUGCUCUGCUGCUUGUCGUCCUCCUCACACACACUGGAUCCCGCCGGGAAGAACGUCUGCCGCAGUAUCAGAGAUCCGUCCACACUUGCCUGUUGCACUGGAUGGCGUCAGGAGGGAAACGAGUGCACUAUACCUGUGUGCGAGGGCGAGCAGGCCUGCCUAAAAGACGAGAUCUGUGUGUAUCCUGGAAUGUGUCGCUGCCAACCUGGUUACUUUGGAGCUCACUGCAAAACACGCUGUCCUCCCGAGUUCUGGGCUCCAGACUGUCGCCAGGUGUGUCGGUGUCACCCGCACGGCCGGUGUCACCCCGUCACCGGUGAGUGCACCUGCAACCCCAACCGCUGGGGUCCCCUGUGCCAGUACGCCUGCAAGUGCACCCGCCACGGCCACUGCCACCCCGUCCACGGCAACUGCACCUGCGAUGAGGGCUGGUGGACGCCAACCUGCUCCAAGCCGUGCCAGUGCGUCGGCGGCGGCGCUGCGGGCCCCGGCUGCGAACAGCUCACAGGCCGGUGUCAGUGCCAGAGAGGUCACUGGGGGCUGAAAUGUCCCGUCACUUGCAACUGCUACCUGUCGGCGUGCAAUCAGCGCACUGGUGUGUGUGAGUGCGAGGCCGGCUGGUGGGGACCCAGCUGUGACCGACGCUGCAACUGUGACCUCACACACAGCAUGUGCGACAUAGCCAGCGGGCAGUGCCUGUGCCACCCGGGGUACCAUGGUGUCUACUGUAACCAGGCCUGUGAGCCUGGACAGUACGGCAGUGGGUGUAAAAUGAGCUGUGGUCACUGUAAAGACAACCUGCCGUGCUCUGCCACCGAUGGUGCCUGCGCCGCCUGUGAUCCCGGCUGGAACGGUACACGGUGCGACCGCCCGUGUCCGUCUGGCUAUCACGGUGACGGCUGCCUGGAAAAGUGUCCACGUUGCAGGAACAAUGAACCGUGUGACCCCAACACUGGGAAAUGUCGGAGGUGUGACCCUGGAUGGACAGGACCCAGGUGUGAGGAGGCCUGCUCCGACGGGACGUUUGGCGACGCCUGCAGCUUCCUGUGUAACCCUUGUUUCCAGGGUAACUGCCAUCACGUGACAGGAACAUGUGUCUGUCAGCCAGGCUUCCAGGGAGAGAGCUGUAACAGCACCUGCCCUGCCCUGCAGUUUGGACUCAACUGUUCCUCUGUCUGUGACUGUGGUGAAGAGGUCGGCUGCCACCCGGUCACUGGAGUCUGCCCCAACAGUGGCAGAAGUGCUGUACUAGCAGGCGUGCUGGUCCCUUUGCUCCUGUUGCUGUUAGCCGUGCUCUGCUGCUGUUUGUGUUGUGGAGGAGGCCCCGUUGAUGACAAAGACAGGGCGACCGUGGCUGAUGGAGGCUUGUCUGUUCGGAUGAAAUAUCACGUCUACAGCGUCCUGGCGAACAUCAGCGCUGCCCUCCCAUGUCUCUCUAACUGGUCCUCUGGUCUGCCUCGUGUCACCGUCUCUCACCAUGACCCCGAGCUGACCUUCAACCACAGCUUCAUUGAACCUCCGUCUUCUGGCUGGGUGACGGAGGGGUCGUCCUUUGACAGCGAUGAGGAGGAGGGAGAAGCGCUCUACUGUGUCCCACCGAGAGAAGACAUCCCAGCGGUGGCAGGCGGCGAGUUCCAGGAGAUGAGCUCAAAGUGUAACAUGUUCUUAGACCCAUCGGGCUUCAGCAGCGAGGACAUCACCUCGCCCUUCAACAUCCCUCGCACCUCAAGCAUCGCCAAGGCCAAGCGUCCGUCUGUCUCUUUCGCCGAGGGCACACGCUUCAGCCCCAAGGAGAGGCGUGGCUCUGCUCAGGACCCUGGCGCUCUCCUUCGCAACAAACCUAAAUCCAGCUGGGGGGUUUUGAUGAUCUCUGCCCUUCAAAGCCAGGGAAGUUCAGCCAGACCUGGGGACGAGGGCGCAGCAGAGGGUGAGGAGAGGGAAGAUGCCGUGGAUGAGCAGGCAACAGGCAACCAGGAGUCAAGCUGUGAUGCAGGGGACCAGGACGUAGACAGGACCACAACCCGAGCCACCUUGCAGGUCCCUGGGUCGGCAGGAAGAAGACGGACUAUGUCCAACACAGCUGUACAUAAAGGGAACCAGACACCAAUAUCUGACUCUGAUACUCCAAAUAAAGUCACGACAGUGUACGUGACGGUGGGAAAGGCGGGCAGGCCCGUAUCAGAGACGAGCCCUGAAGGCCCCGUUCAGGCCAUGCUGCGAAGACUCGGCAGCCUUCAGAGACAAAGAGAGCAUGAGCCGGGCAAGUCCAAAAGCAAGGGAGGCGAGGGGAUUACUAAACCACCCAGGAGGAAGCUUGGAGCUCGGGUGAAUGUUUGGGAGCAGGGAGUGCCGUCUGGAGGGGAGGUUGCCGUAUGUAAGCCCAUGAGGCGGAAGCAAGCGUCCCACAACUCGUCUGACACAACCGCCGCUAGUGACGUUCCACUAUCAGAGAGUGGCACUCCCAAACGGCCACUGUCGUCCAUUUUGAAGAGCGUGCCAGAGGUGGCUGCAGCCGACUUAGGGUCAGCUGCGAGGGCUGAGGGUGGCACAAGGCCGGACUGCAGUACAGGAGAAACUGAGAGCAACUACCUGACUGUGGGACCAGCGGGAGACGCUGCGAGUCUCACAGAGGUCAUCGCCAACGAGGGAGCUGACGAGCCCUGCUACGAAAAUAUUAUGAUCAACCUCUGACUAACAACGUCAUCAGCAGGUCUGAUCCUAACACAGAUGCAUAUAUAUUUCUCUGAUGUUUAUCACUGUCACAGACACAAACUGGCUUCAGAAAAUUUCAGUUAUCAGACUGUGAAUUCUUGAAUCCUAGUGCUAUGAUGUUUAACCAUUAUGUUUAAAGUGCUGCUUAUAUAUUGAUAUUCAUAGGAGAAACAGAAAAUAUAUAUUUUGGGUUGAGUUAAAGGCUGCACGGUGGUGUAGUGGUUAGCACUUUGGCCUCACAGCAAGAAGGUUCUGGGUUUGAAUCCCGGUUCAAACCAGCCAG